AUGUGUGGCCGGUAUGCGCAGACGUUCGACAGCGAUGAGCUGGCCCGUGUGAUGUCCACUGGGCUCACGCUGGAGAUUCGCGGUCCGGAACAACCUCUGCAGGCAUCGUACAAUGUCGCACCGCAGGCGGUCGCUCCCGUGUACCCUCCGGGGGACACGCUACGAGCCAUGCGAUGGGGGUUGGUCCCGCAAUGGGACCGUGGGACCGUGAGCCGCGGAUACUCCACUUUUAACGCUCGACUGGAGAGUCUCUUGAAGAGCAAGCUCUGGCGGGGAAGCUGUCAGGGGAGGAGAUGUGUCGUGCCCAUCACUGGUUACUACGAGUGGUGGAAGGGCUCUGGGGACACAAGGGACACUCAAGGUAAAGGUAGGGGUAAACGGCGGGCAGGCCCACCGUUCUACGUAACGUCUCGUCAGGGAACUGAAACUCAUCCGGUGAUGUACCUUGCUGGACUGUACGAACACUCUGACACGGAUGAUUCGUACACGUUCGCUAUUGUGACUGGACCCGCGCCGGAGAACUUGGGAUGGUUGCAUGACCGCAUGCCGUGUGUUUUGGAACCGGGGACGGACAGCUGGGAUCGGUGGAUGGAUUCUGCGAAGACACAGUGGGACAAUAGCGAGUUGAACGCGUUGCUGAAACCCACGUACAACGAGACUGUCUACACUUGCUACGAAGUGAGCCGCGACGUCGGUAAAGUGGCUAUCAACAAGCCGUACCUAGUGGACUCACUGGACGAUGGUGAACAUGCUGUGAAGCAAGAACUUGGGGACACGCCACAUGUCAAGCGGGAGACACGGACACCCCAAUUGAAGAGGGAACGCCACCCUGAUAUCCUCCAAAUGCUGAGUCCCAAGAAUAAGAAGCAGAAGAAGUAG